CCAUCAGAACUCGCAGCUCCAGCAGGAUGUGGACUUCUACCACAGAGAGCUGGAACGCAAGGAGUCGGGUCCGUCCAGAGACGAGAACGCCGAGACUCUGAAGAAGCUGAGCUCGGCCAACCGCCAGCUCUCCCAGUGCCUGGACGAGCUGCAGCAAGCGGAGGAAGAAAUCUCCCAUCUGAAGACGGACAAGCAGCACAUGCAGAAAUGUCUGAUGGAGUCCGCCAAGGAGAUGGAGAAGAUGAGCGAGGAGUACGACCAGAUGAAGAUGGCCGUCUAUCAGUGUGACUCCACCACCGACCAGCUCAGGAAAGAGAGGGAUCAUGCCGAGCUGCAGGUCCGAGAGCUCACACAGAGGAUUAACGACAUGACACAAGAGGAUGAUCCCAUCAUGGCAGCUGUGGACGCCAAAGUGGACGAAUGGAAGAAAGUGCUCUCUGGAAAGGAUGAAGAGAUUUUGGAGUACCAGCAGAUGAUCCGAAACCUUCAGCAAAAGUUGCGCAUAUUUCAGUUGGACUUGGACAGAAGCAACAUUAUUGCCUUGCAGCAGGCCGUGGAGGAUCGAGAUGAUCAGAUCCAGAUCCUGAGAGAGCAGGUGGAGCAGUAUACGGGGGAAAUGGAGAAGCAAACCCUGCUUAUGGAGGGUCUGAAGCUGUCUAAGAAGGAAGGUGGAGCGCAAGUCCGGCAAAAUAAGAUGGAGGAGCUUCUGUCCAAGCUGGAAGCUUCAAAGAUGCAAGCAUCAGAAGCAGAAGAGGCUUUAAAAGGAGCUGAAGCUCACGCUGAAGAAAAGGACAAGGAACUCAUUGAGGCGUCACGGCGCUUGAGAGAGUACGAGUCUGGAAUUUACGGCCUGGAAGAAGCAGUUGGUGAGAUUAAGGAGUGUAAAGAUGUAAUCAGAAGGAGAGAGGUGGAUUUAGAGAGCAUGACAAAAGAGAUCAACCAACUGUACAUCACAAUCAACCAGCUCAUGGAGGAGAAUGAGGAUUUCAGAGAAAGACUUGGCUAUGGACCCAGAGAGGAAGUGGAUCUGACAGAGUUCAGACGAAGCAAAGGACUCCAGCAACGGCAGUACAAAGCAGAAAAUCAAGUUCUGACUAAAGAGAUUGAACGUCUUGAAGAGGAACGAUUAGAGAUGAAGAAACAAGUUAGACUCCUGGCCAAGAACAGAGACCUGCCACAGUCCUUCUUGGUGGAGGAGGAUGUCACGCACGGUAAGAGAGGGCAGCAGACUGCUAAACACAGCAGCACUGCUGAAGAGAUCCGAGCCAAGAAUAAACACUUGGAAAAAGAAGUGAAGAUGCCAAACAGAGAGAUGGAACUUCAAAAUAUUCAGUUCCGGCUCGAAAUGGAUCAGCUGGCCAAAGAGAAAGGUGACGUGGAGGCUAGACUCAUAGAUGUCCUCCAGGCCUGGAAGACGAACACCGACACAGAUGUUCCCUGUCUGAGCAAGCUGGCAAACGUUUUUGUCCCGGAGAACGGCACGAGCCUCCAACAGGAGCUGGCAAAAGCCCUCCAGGAGAAGAUGAAAGCAGAGGAAGAGAGCAGGAGGACAAAGCAAAGGGCAGACUAUCAGGAACAGCGGCUUCAAGAGAUGAGCGAGGCUUGUAAAGGUUUGGAGGAGAAAUUAAGGGAGAAAGAAAUGGAGCUGAGGUGUCAUGAGGGUGGACAAGUCACAAAGAACAUGAUGAGCCUCCAAGAGGAGCUGGCCAAAGCCCUCCAGGAGAAGAUGAAAGCAGAGGAAGAGAGCAGGAGGACCAAACAAAGGGUAGACUGUCAGGAACAGAGGCUUCGAGAGAUGAAGGAGACUUGUAAAGGUUUGGAGGAGAAAUUGAAGGAGAAAGAAAUGGAGCUGCGGUGUUGUAAGGGUGUUUUGUCCAAGGAGAAACUGAAUCGCCAGCUCCCAGCUGCUGGGAGAACAGGAUGUUUCCUCUCUGAUCUUGUUGGAGACGGUCAGCCUGGCCUCAAGCUGGCCCAUAAGACCAUCAAAGAUCUCCAAGUCCGACUCCACCAAAAAGAGGAUUUGCUCAAGAAGUACCACAACCAGCUGACUCAAGCAGGAAAGGAUCAAGAAGAGAUGAUCAAAAGACACGCUGAGGAGAUGAAGAAGUUGCACAUGAAGUUGGACUCCAACAACCACACUGCUCUGGACUGCUUCAAACAUCAGGCUGCGGUACUGGGGGCCAUGAAGAAGCCGAGCAUCGCCACGCCAACGUCCCGACAUCUGGACCGUGGGGCUGACCUGGAGCAGACGGUGGCUGAACAGGACGCAUCACUCUUGUCCCUCAUCAGGCAGUUGAAGCAGACCUCUGCAGAGUUGGAGCGGCAGAAGAUAGCCAUGGAGACACAAGCUAAGAAAAGCGCCAAUGAGAUGUUGAGAUUGAAGAGGUCUCAUGCUGCGGAGGUGGAAGAUCUUAGCAUCGAGACUAAAGAUCAGAGGAGCCAAAUAAUGGAAAUGAAGAGGGAGGUUGAUUCCCUGCAAAAUGAACUGGAGUACCAAAAGAGUCCCAAUGCUCCAUCUCCUAACACAACCAUGAAGAACUUGGUGGAACAGCUGAAAGCCCAGCUGGUCUAUAAAGAGAAACAACUCAAGGCUCUCAGUAAAAUUCUGAUAGACCUGCGGGAAAAAAUGACAUCUGCUGCAGAACAGCAAAUCUUAGCUGACGCUUCACACUCUGACGAGAAGUUUAUUGUGCAGAAGUUGGUGGAUGAGCACACCAAAGACCUGGAGGCUCAGGUGCAAGAUCUCAGCAGUGAACUGGAAGCUGCAAAGGUGUGUGCCAGGAAAAGUGAGAACACCCUGAGGAGCCGAGUGAACGGCCUCAGCAAGAAACUGCAAAUAAGCCUAAACCAUCAAAAGUCCCUCCAUGCUCAGAAAGAGGAGAGAGAACUCGAAAUCCGAGAGCUGGAGAAGCGAAUUAAGUGUCGUGGUGACUCCGCUCAGAGCAAAGAGAAAGUCCUGCAGUGGGAGCAGAGUAAGAAGCUGCAGUUGAAGUUGGAGAAGCUGAAGAACACGCUGAGUGACAAGGAACAGGAAAAUGACUCCCUGUCCAAACAGCUUCUGUCGAGCCCCGUCUGCUGA